AUGCAACUAGUUCCCAUAGUAUUGAACUCCCAGACUGUUUCUGGGAUUACAGGUUCCAUUUCUAUUGCAUGUUGGAUCAUCGUUUUCGUUCCACAGAUUUAUGAAAACUUCUAUAGGAAGUCGGCAGAAGGUCUUUCGCUUAUGUUUGUGGUGCUAUGGCUUGCUGGUGAUAUUUUCAACUUACUUGGCGCUAUGCUUCAGCAUUUACUACCCACUAUGAUCAUUUUGGCAGCAUAUUAUACUGCUGCUGAUAUAAUUCUUUUGAUUCAGUGCUUGUUUUACGGUCAAGAUGGACCUGUUGACCCUGUACAUCUAUCACCAGCUAAUCCAAUCAACGAAAACGUCUUACAAGAUGUUUUUCAUGAACGUCAGCCUUUGCUUACCGGACACCAACACAACGAACGUCGUGUUUAUGUGGAGACUUCAUCGACAACAUCUGAAGCCACUGCUCCAAAUGCAGAUAAACCUGAAGACGGGAAAUUGAGGGAGCAAUUGCUCAAUAUCAUUAUUGUUUCAUCCGUUAUCUUGGCUGGCUUCUUUUCAUGGUACAUUUCCUAUAUCAAGAAUCCUCAUCAAAGCAACCCUGAAUUGGACCUUCACAUGAAUUGGCUGGCUCAAUCAUUCGGAUAUCUUUCUGCCGUGCUAUACCUAGGUUCAAGAAUCCCUCAAAUUCUGCUCAACUAUCAGAGAAAAUCAUGUGAAGGGGUGUCUUUCUUAUUCUUCCUUUUUGCAUGCUUGGGUAACACUACUUUUAUCAUUUCUGUUUUGAGUAUAUCAUUCGCCCCACGUUAUUUAUUAGUCAACGCUUCUUGGUUAAUUGGAAGUUCGGGUACUUUAAUCAUGGAUUUCAUUAUUUUCGCGCAAUUCUUCGUCUACAAUAAGGAUACUCAACCAUCAGCAGAUGAUCUAUUGACAGUAUGA